AUGAGCAACACUUGCCGCAUUGUGCUCCUCCUCCGAUUCGUGCUCUCCGUCCUCCUGCUCGCCCAGCUCAUCGCCGCCAGUCCUCUUCUGGUAGUCAGGAGAGUGCAGUCGCCCUACCUUCAGGUCCGUACUUUUUUUCUCCUCGUCCGCCCACGCACUCGCUUUUUGCAGACAAUGGAACAGCUGGAACGACUGAUCGACGAGGAGCGCGACGCCCGCGAAUCCCAAUCGCUGCGGAGGUAUCGGAAGAGCGUGCCCGACGGCUACUUCAACGAGUUCACCGUCAACGCGCCCGACCUCGCGCUCCUCGACCGACACCGACGCGGCCAGCCGAUUUCCGAUUACACCGACGAGUUCAGCGCCGAUCCAUUCGAGGUUGGUUUUCACCUGUCGCUCGACAUUUCCAAUCGAGCCACGAAUAGCAGCUGUCUUUUGAGCUCUAGCACCGAAUGUUUACGGUAGCCGGCUGUGAAACGCAGUCUGCACUUUUACGUGAUCGUGUUUGCGGCAAAUGUGCCGGACGCAAAAUUUCGCAGCUUUUAGAGGAUAAUGAGUAAAGUCUAGCACAUUAUCCGCACACAUCAUCAAGGCAAAAUCAUGCUUCAAAUAAUCAUUUCCUGGCAAAGUGCAAACGUUUUCUCCAAACCCACCAAGGUUCAGAUUUCAGUUUCCGAUGCGAUCUCUCAAAAAGCCUCGCAAGCAGUGA